CGCUCCGACCCCCGCCUGCUCUCCCAGUUCUUCUUUGCCGACGAGAGGGUGACGCGGGUGGUGGCCGAGAUCAACGGGCUGGAUGCUGAGCUGGACCCGCAGCAGUACCUGGUGCUCCUCAACCAGCUCCAUCUCAGCCAGGCUCAUCUCCUGGCCAUCCUGGAGCGGAUCAUGGAGGAGUGCAUCCCCACACAGCGCCACAGCCGCGACUACCUGGUCAAGUUCCCCGAGGAGCUCUUGGUGGACAACCUGGGGAACCACAUGCUGUUUGCUGCCGAGUGUCUCCUAGCUGGGACCUUCCUGGAGGUGGAGGAGGCAGGUUUUUUUUGGAACCUGCUGUGCAGCCUGGAGCUGGUGCGAACGGUGCUGCGGGAGCAGAGCCUGAGCCAGCCUGGUUCCUACCCGGAGCACGUCCGAGCUGUGCUUGUCCAGUUUGACCGUCUCUUCGCAGAGUUCGAACUAAGAGCCCUGCGCCUGGGCUACCUGACCCAGGAGAUGAUCGAUGGCUACGAACCACUGCUGAUGUUCACCAUCCCUCGCCUGGCCAUCAUCAGUGGCCUUCUCAUCUACCCCGAGGGUCCCCUCAGCCUGGAGCAGAGCCCUGAGCAGAUGUCCCGGGUCUUCAGCCCGUUCUACAACCUCCUGAAGAAGAUAAAGGACCUGCUGCGGGUGCUGUCGGCGGAGGAGCUCUGUCUGCUGGAGAGGAGCCUGUGCACAGCUGAAUUGGAGGAUCACUGUGGUCCAGCCACCCCUCCAGCCUGGGGGGCAGCAGUGCCCAGAGCAGACCCCGCUGCUCCCUGGGGUCUCCUGGAGGUCCCCUGUGCCACCCCACCACCUCCCACCUGCAUGGCACGGCUGGGACCCCCUGGCACAGUGGAUGACCUGGGCAGCGACCAGCAGUGGGG